CAUUUCGAAACGGAUUUCUUCUCAAGCUGUAUGAUAUCAACUGUUUAGCGAAGUGUGGAUUUUAAACACAAGGAUGUACGAGCGGUGGGCAGCUGUGAAUGUAUUCAUGGUGUCCUUUCUGCAUCUGCUGCAAGGUUCCCAAUUUGGCUCUGUAAAGAGACCAUCGCUUUCUGCGCUGGAAUGGUCAGAGCAGCAGAUCAGGAAAGCUGCCAGUCUGGAAGAACUCCUUCGAAUUACCCACUCUGAGGACUGGAAGCUGUGGAAGUGCCGUCUAAAACUCAAGAGUGUGGCCACCCAGGACUCCAGAUCUGCAUCGCAUCGCUCCACAAGAUUCGCUGCUGCUUUUUAUGAUAUAGAGAUACUCAAAGUUAUAGAUGAAGAGUGGCAAAGAACUCAGUGUGUGCCAAGAGAGACCUGCGUAGAUGUUGCAAAGGAGCUGGGCACCACCACCAACAAAUUCUUCAAGCCUCCUUGUGUGAACGUUUACAGAUGUGGCGGCUGCUGCAACGAAGAGAGCCUGAGCUGCGUGAACUCAAGUACUUCUUAUGUUUCCAAAAUGCUCUUUGAGAUUUCAGUUCCUUUGACAAAUGUGCCUGACCCAAUUCAAGUCAACAUUGCAAACCACACAGGUUGUAAGUGUUUAUCAAAUGCUCAGCGCCAACCAUAUUCCAUCAUAAGAAGAUCUGUCCAGUAUUCACAGGAGGAUCGUUGUUCUCAUUUAAAAAAAAUGUGUCUCAAUGGCUGGAUAUGGGACAGCAAUAAAUGUGAAUGUGUUGAAGAUGAAGAUCAUCCCAGCAGAAGAGAAGGAUUUCCUCCACUUGCUGAACUUGCGAUGUGUGCACCAAAUAUGGACUUUGAUGAAGAGAACUGUGAGUGCGUCUGUAAAUGGAAGUGCCCGGGCAAUUUAUUUCAGAACAAAGAGAACUGCAGUUGCUACUUGUGCACAGAGAACCAGGAAAGCUGCUUUCAGAAACAUAAGACGUUUAAUCCAGAAACUUGCAGUUGUGAAGACAAAUGCCCAUUCCAGGCGAGAACGUGCCCAACUUCUAGGCCAGUGUGUUCAAGGCACUGUCGCUGUUUCAGAGGAGGACGAGGCCCUCAUGGGUCUCAAAGCAAAGAAACCCCUUGAUCGAGCUUUUGUUACCCUUGCACAAAACAUGCACUCUCUGUUUUGCAAAGUAGCUGUCUACCACUAGCUAUUCAACUAUAAUAAUCGUGGGAUAUGGGCGACA